CAACCACCAACGGCAAAAGAGAAACCAGGAAGAAUUAUGCAAUUUUCCAGAUAGAAGGCCAAAAUCUUGCAGAUAUAAGCCAUGACAAGUUGACAGUUUCAUGAGGAGAAAGAGAUCACUUGUGGAAGAUGAGAGAGAAAGAGAGAGAUUAUAAUAAUUAUAAGGAGGCAACACUUAACAAAAAAUUGCCUGUUGACAAGGAGGCAGCGACUUAGAUAUCCACAAGAACUAGAAGAUUGUUAUUGUAGAACUACAGUACAGGAGUCUACUUCCCAUUCAUCGUUUCUCUCUUUUUUCCUUUUUUCUUUUUCUUUCCACAAAUCACUCAAUUUUCUUCUCCAAGAAAUUCUAAGUACUCCUCCAACUAUUCAAGAAUUUGGGUUCUUUUUGGAAGCUUGCAUUAUUUCAUUCAGCGACAGGAAAGUAAAUUUGGUUCAGCCAAGAUGCGGAGCAUGGCCAUCUCCGCCACCCCAAAAGGCAUUGCUGCCAUUGUGGGCGUGGGUCCAAAGCUUGGCCGAUCCAUUGCUAGCAAGUUUGCCCAUGAAGGCUACGCUGUGGCCAUCCUUUCCCGCGACUUAGGGAGAUUAUCGAGAUUCGCAGAAGAGAUAGCGAGGGAAGAGAAAGCUCAAGUGUUUGCUAUAAGGAUAGACUGCUCAGACUCAAGAAGUGUAAGAGAAGCAUUUGAAGGUGUUCUUUCACUGGGCUUUGUAGAAGUUCUUGUCUAUAAUGCGUAUCAGCCAGGUUCUUGGCUACCAACCAAUUUCACUGAUAUUCGCAUCGACUCCUUCGAGAAGUCCCUUGCCGUCUCCUCCGUGGGUGCCCUUCUUUGCUCCCAGCAGGUAAUUCCAGGCAUGGUGGAGAGAGGAAAGGGGACAAUUCUAUUCACUGGAUGUUCAGCUUCUCUAAAUGGCUUUUCUGGUUUCUCUGAACUAUGCUGUGGCAAGUUUGCUUUGAGAGCUCUAUCACAAUGCCUAGCUAGGGAGUUCCAGCCUCUGGGAGUGCACAUCGCCCAUGUUAUCAUCGAUGGUGUGGUUGGCCCACGCGGGGGACCAUCAACCUCACAGAGGACUUCAGUUGGGGAACAACAGCAAAAUAUGCAUGGAGGGGUGGUGAUGGACCCAGACUCGCUAGCUCAAACCUACUGGCACUUGCAUGUUCAGGACCGAACCGCUUGGACACAAGAAAUCGACCUACGGCCCUCCAAUUCCAUCCCCUGAUACUACUAAUAAACUCCUUCAAUAUACCCUUUCACUAUUUUCAAUCUGCUAAAUCUCAUAAACCCUCUACUUGUUUAAAAGGGUUAUCUACUUCUUUUCCACCAACACUAUUUUCUGUUUUAUUCCAUGCCCUCUGUUUCAAUUCAAUAAACUUGGAGGAUGCAGCCAUUCCUGUCCUAUACUACCCUCCAAGUGGUCAGAGUUGAAAAGGGUUUUUUUUUUUAUUAUUAUUAUUUAAUAAUCCUUUUGGGUUUGGAGUACUUAUAUAUAGAAUUGGAAGACAAGGGUGAUUUGAUUUUGGCUGUAUAUGAUUUAAUUUCUGAUAUUGAAGUGUAUAUAAAGACUUUGGUUUCGUGAUCAUCAUUAUUAUUGUUAUGGGUAUUUGUCAAA